UUUUGUUUGUUUAGAUGCCAUGGCUUACCCGCAUUACCGAUCACCUUUUGGUGACACAACCUUGACAAAAGUGUUCGUUGGGGGACUAGCUUGGGAGACACCAACGGAGGAAAUGAGGAGAUAUUUUGAGCAGUUUGGAGAGAUUCUCGAAGCUGUUAUCAUCACUGAUAAAAACACAGGGAAAUCUAAAGGAUAUGGCUUUGUUACUUUCUGUGACCCUGAAUCAGCGAGGAGGGCUUGUGUUGAUCCAAACCCUGUAAUUGAUGGAAGAAGAGCAAAUUGUAACAUUGCUUCACUUGGAAGGCCUAGACCUUCACCGCCACGAGGAAGAAAUCAGGGUAGCAGUCCUUAUCAGGGAGUUGCACAGCAAGGUGCGCCAUCUUAUAGUGGAGUUGCAGCACCAGUUCCUCCGCCUCCUCCACCACCACCUCCUGUCAUUUAUCCACCUUAUGGGUACCCAACUUACAGUCCUGACUAUGGCUAUCACCAAGCUCUCUAUAAUCCACAAAUUCAGCAGCCACAAUACUAUCAUCAGCUGUAUGGAUCAUCAUCUACCACAAUGGGGUCUCCAUAUUAUUAUGGGUAUUCUUUGCAAGCCCCUAGGGGAACAUUUUCUGCACCCCAGGCUCAACGUAUCCCCGGACCGUCCUAUCUCUACUAUCCUACUCAGAUGGAGGGGUCCUUCUCCACCUAUCCUCCCCCGCCCUUUCAUCUCACUAGGCAUCCUUUUCCCUCUUCCACAGAUUCACAGACUCCACAGCAAACCUCCACAGAAACAGAAGCUGGGGACAUCACUUCUGAAAGUCCAAAAACUUAAGGGGAAGAACUCAUCCCUGCCAAAAUGUUCAAAUUGUACAAUCUUGAUAAGUUUGUGUUCUUCUUAUCACCUUAUUUCACUCUUAUAUUCUCAACGAUUUGGCAAUAGGGUGGGUACUGCAUCACGAUACUGCCUGUGUUCACCACAGCUAUGGCCCAUGGCAGGAAAAGGAGGACUAAUCAACCACCUUAUGCAUAUUUUUUUCCACUUUAGUUCUCAAGGCAAAAAAAAAAAAAAAUCAUCUAUUUUUUCCCCCAAAAGUUUUCAUGAAGUGAUUCAUUCAUUAAGAGUUUAACAUCCUUUACAGAAUUGUAUGAACUAUGAACGAACGGAGGGAAGCGCAUUCCCUCAAUAAAAAAAUUUUGAUUAACAAUUUAGCUCUCAUCAUCAUUUUGUUCUUUUGUUUUUUUUUUUUGGUCUGUGGAGGGUGAUAGAAAACAAAGCUGCACGAUAUUCAAUGACAUCAUGAGGGUAACAUGGACAAACUCUAGACAUACAAUCGUCAUUGCUACAAUAUAUGCUUUGGU